CCAAGAUGGCGGCGGCGAUGGCGGCGGUGGCGGGCGGUGUGUGAGAGCUCCCGCGGCCCCCCGGCCCCGGCGGGAUGUGCGAGACCUACUCCCGCUGGCUGCUGCGGGUGUCGGUGGCGCAGAUCUGCCAGGCCCUCGGCUGGGACUCGGUGCAGGUCUCGGCCUGCGACCUCCUCACCGACGUGCUGCAGCGGUACCUGCAGGGGCUGGGCCGGGGCUGCCACCGCUACUGCGAGCUCUAUGGCCGCACAGAUCCGAUUUUGGAUGACGUAGGCGAUGCCUUCAAGCUUAUGGGGGUUAACCUGCAUGAGCUGGAAGAUUACAUACACAAUAUUGAACCUGUCACUUUUGCACAUCAAAUCCCUUCGUUCCCCGUCAGCAAGAACAAUGUCCUCCAGUUCCCCCAGCUGGGAAGUAAGGAUGCAGAAGAGAGGAAGGAGUACAUCCCUGAUUACCUGCCACCUAUUGUCUCCUCUCAAGAAGAAGAGGAAGAGGAGCAGGUUCCUACCGAUGGAGGUACAUCUGCAGAGGCCAUGCAGGUCCCACUGGAAGAAGAAGGAGAUAUGGAAGAGGAUGAGGCAAUUAAUGAUGAGAACUACUUGAGCAAGAGACCAUUAGAAAGUCCUGAUGCUGAGGAAUUCCCACCUGUGAAAAGGCCGAAACUGUCUGUUUCCAAAGGGGACGCCUUGGACGGGACUGUGGAAGCACGUGAGCCUCUUAGCUCAAUAAAUACACAAAAAGUACCACCAAUGCUUUCUCCAGUUCACGUUCAGGACAGUACAGACUUAGCUCCCCCUUCACCAGAACCACCAAUGUUGGCUCCCAUUGCAAAAUCCCAAGUACCGACCCCCAAAACUUUAGAGGCAAAGCCGUUUGUACCCAAAACGAAGUCCAAAACAAGUUCUCCAGGACAAAAGACAAAAUCACCGAAAACUACACCCUCACCAGUGGUAGCUGGGAGUCCCAUUUGUUCACCAAAAACUGGAUCCAAAGAAAAAAAGUCACCAGGUCGUGCCAAGAGCCCCAAAAGUCCUAAAAGUCCAAAGGUUCCUGUGCACGUUCCGCAACCACCUGUGAAGCCUGAAACACCGAGUAGACCCCCUCUGGCUGCAUUGAGUGAGAAGAUAGGAAAAGAAAAUAUUCAAGUGAAACAGGGACAGACACCACCUGAGCCUGCCCCCAAGCCAAAUAUGGACAACCAGGUGAAGAAAGUCCCAGUCAUGGACAAGACCAUUGAUGAUUCAAUCGAUGCUGUGAUUGCUCGUGCGUGUGCCGAACGAGAACCGGAUCCCUUUGAGUUUUCCUCUGGGUCCGAAUCAGAAGGGGAAAUUUUUACCAGUCCUAAGAGACUUUCUAUUUCAGAGUCUACAACUCCUAAGCCUUCUGUUCCUGCCAAUAAUGCAAAUAAGGCAGGAGCAACUCCAAUACCUGCCUCAGGUGGGACUUCAAGUUCAGACAUUUCAUGGACAAUGGAUGACUCAAUUGAUGAGGUCAUUCGGAAGGCAAACAUGGGGACACCUUCUAAUCCACCUACCAACUUCACUUAUUUUUCCUCUCCUUCUGCUUCACCUCCAACUCCGGAGCCUCUUCUCAAAAUCUAUGAGGAGAAAACCAAGUUGGCUUCAUCGACAGAAGUGAAAAAGAAAUUGAAAAAAGAGCUGAAAACUAAAAUGAAGAAGAAAGAAAAGCAAAAAGAAAAAGAUAAAGAGAAGAACAAGGAGAAAAAUAAGGAGAAGGAAAAGAACAAGGAGAAAGAUAAAGACAAAGAAGGAAACAAGGAAGCCAAGUUUCAGUGGAAGGAACUGCUCAAAGAGGAUGAUCCUGAUCCAUAUAAAUUCAAACUAAAGGACUUUGAGGAUGCUGAGACAAAAGUAAAGUUGAAAGAUGGCAAUACCAAAAAAGAGAGAGAAAAACAUAAAGAUAAAAAGAAAGAGAAAGAGAAAGGCAAAAAGGACAAGGAUAAAAAAGACAAAGAGAAACUCAAAGAUAAGGGUAAGGAAGAUAAGAUAAAGGUACCAUCAGCACCUCUUGUGUUACCUCCCAAAGAAAUGUCUAUGCCCUUGUUCAGCACACCAUCUGCCAUGAGGCUUCCCAGCAUGUUACCUUCCUUGUCUCCCAUGCUACCGGAAAAACUAUUUGAGGAAAAAGAGAAACCAAAAGAGAAGAAGAAGGACAAAAAAGAGAAGAAGAAAAAGAAAGAAAGGGAGAAGGACAAAGAAAAGGAAAAGAAGGAGAAGGAAAAGGAGAGGAAAGAAAGAGAAAAGAAAGAGAAAGAAAAGGAGAAACACAAACAUGAAAAGAUAAAGGUGGAACCAGUUGUUCCAGCUCCAUCACCGGUUAUUCCUCGGCUGACUUUAAGAGUGGGCGCAGGCCAAGACAAGAUAGUCAUCAGCAAAGUGGUGUCAGCUCCAGAGGCCAAACCUUCCACACCCGCGGCGCGGCCCAAAACGCCUCCGCCUGUGCCAUCGCCGGUGCCAGCUCCUGUUCACGUCACCCCUCCUCCGGCUCCAGCUCCUCCUCCUCCACAGGCCACCAUCUCACCAGUGCUGAUCCCACCACCCUCCCCAGCUGUGUCAGCAGCUGGAGGCUCCAAAGCUCCCGUUCGGAGCGUGGUGACCGAGACUGUCAGUACUUACGUGAUCCGAGACGAGUGGGGUAACCAGAUCUGGAUCUGUCCUGGCUGUAACAAGCCAGAUGAUGGCAGUCCAAUGAUAGGCUGUGAUGACUGCGAUGAUUGGUAUCACUGGCCUUGCGUUGGGCUUACGGCUGCACCCCCAGAAGAGAUGCAAUGGUUCUGCUCCAAGUGUGCCAACAAAAGGAAGGAUAAAAAACACAAGAAGAGGAAGCACAGGGCACACUGAAGGCUUGGCAGGCGACUGAAGUCGUGCGGUCACUGUGGCACCUCCUGCCCCGACUCGGCUGCGGGAGGGAUCCACCCUGCCCGUGUCCCCCGCGGCUGCCGGGAUUGUGUCUCUGCAGUGAAUCAGGGGCGAAGAGAUGCCCUUGGUCAGGGGCUGUUGGGUUUCACAGACUGUCCGAGCCCAGGGCGUUGGAUUUUGGUACAUUCUGAUGCUGUUCCUUGCCCCUGCUGAGGGGAGUUUGCACAGAGCGCUCUGAAGACUUCGGUGGUUCCUGGGACCGCUCCCGCUCCUAUGGCUCGGCAGCAACACGGAUGAAUGUUGUAAAUACAAAUAUCUGUCCUACUCUUUCUCGAUUUGUUAUUAAUUCCUCUUGAACCUUUGCAGUAAGGUGCUGAGAGGAGGAGAAAAUGUAAAUUGCAGUAAGUUGUAAACUGAGACAACCUUCUGGAAUGAUUUCUGUAGUCUGGAUACAGUUCAGCCUCAACUCUUGCUGAGCCAGAUAAUCAUAAUGUGGAAAUAAAAAGUGGCUGGUAAAUA